CGUUCUCAGUUGGCGCCCCACCAUCGGCGCGGCGUACGGAGAAAGACAGUCUGGAGCGCGCGUACAGCUGCCACACCGUCGUGUUACGGAGUGCGCGAAGCCCGUCGCGAAGAGACACAAGACCGCGCAUCGACGCCGCCGUUCGUUCCCGUCGUCCGGCCGGUCGUGUGCGCGUUGGUCGCUAACCUAAAAAUCGCCGGAAUACGAGACGCCGGGCGGCCGUGAAGCCGGCCGCGGUACGGUGUUCAUCCCUUUGUGUAUUGUACUGCGCGUUCGCGUACGAGCGGCGGUCCUUUGUUCCGCGCGCGUCGUCUCCGCCGUGAAUAUUAACGGCGUGAUCGGCGGGCCGGUGUUUCCUCGCCGUUUUCCAGACGACGCUCGUCCACCCACUUACCCCUGUACCGCGACCUUGAACUUGUGUGCCUGUGCCUGUUCUCCGGCCGAUCGCCCUCUCCCGAGACGACAGCGAGGGUGGGAGGGUGAUAGAAGGAGAGAGAGAGAGAGAGAAAGAGAGAAAAGAAAGAGCGAGACACGGGAGCCGGCGAUAUAGGUGUGACAUCGGGAUCCUGGAGGUGAACGACAAGGAUGUUUCCUUACGCGACCUUCCCGGCAGUGGGCGCCGGCAUGGAGGCGACAAACGGAGCGAUCGAGCACGACUUCCACAACACGUUGGUGCCGAUAAACGGUAGCCAUUCAGGCAGCUCCGGCAGGAGUACGCCGAACGGCGGCGACCCGGCACCCGGCAAGCUCUUUGUGGGCGGCCUUUCCUGGCAGACGAGCAGCGAGAGACUGCGGGAAUAUUUCGGCGUGUUCGGCACUGUCACCGAUGUCCUCAUCAUGAAGGAUCCGGUCACGCAGCGUAGCCGCGGUUUCGGCUUCAUCACGUUCGCCGAGCCCGGCAGCGUGGACAAAGUCCUCAAGUGUCCCAUCCACACCCUGGAUGGCAAGAAGAUCGAUCCGAAGCACGCGACGCCGAAGAAUCGCGCGAAACAGGCCAAUCGCACGAAGAAGAUCUUCGUGGGCGGUGUCAGUCAGGACACGAGCAGCGACGAGGUCAAGGCCUACUUCAAUCAAUUCGGCAAGGUGGAGGAGACAGUGAUGCUGAUGGAUCAGCAAACGAAGCGCCACCGCGGCUUCGGCUUCGUCACAUUCGAGAAUGAAGAUGUGGUGGACCGGGUGUGCGAGAUACACUUCCACACGAUCAAGAACAAGAAGGUCGAGUGCAAGAAAGCUCAGCCGAAGGAGGCGGUGCAGCCGGGCGCGCUCGCCCUCGGCAAGCGGGUAGUGCUCGGGGCGCUGGGCGUGCGGCUGGCGCCGCAACCGCCGUUGCCGGUCGCGGCGGCGGCCUCGCAGCUGGUGGCCGCGCAAGCACAGGCGGCGCAGGUGCAGGCUGCCGCGGCGGCGGCGGCGGCGCAGGUGCAAAACGCAGUGGCGGGUUACGGCAAACUCUUCGCAGCUGCCGCGGCGCCUGGCAAUCCCUAUCAGGGCUACUCGCUCACCAACGUCGACAUGUCGAGCUUCCAGGGCGUCGACUGGGGUUCCAUGUACGGGAUGGGAAUGUACGUUUAAGGAGAGGAUAUCGAGAUGCCGCGCGGCGUCCCGCGCUUCUCAUCUCUCGGAUCCCACGCGGAUCCUCUUUGCAGAGGAUUCCCGCUUUAUGUACGAUAACGAGGUUAUUCGUUCUCCAAGAUCGAUCCUGGGCGAGAUCACAUCCGUUUCCGAAGUUUUGAAUCUGGGAAAUCCAGUGUCUCUGGAAAUGGCCCCAUCGCGCUUCUGCAAGCAUGAAGAUAAUAAUAAAAAUAGAAGUAAACUCUCGGACGAAGGUGACUUCCGUUUGCCGAUGCUUCCGAAUGCCGUUUCCUCUUAUCGCCGGGCACCGACGUCAGCAGGAAUAGAGUCGUCGAUACGUUUGUCACGGAAUGGAACCGCGAAAGGCGGACAAGCGGAACGAACCCGACGAAAGAAGUCUCAAGUUUCAAUCGAUUGGCACUCGAGCGAAGAGCGCGGUAAAGAUGAGGGCAAAAAUUGUCAAAGGGAAUGAACGAUCACCCGCGGAAGCUCAGCGAAUGAGGAAACAGAAGCAUACAUACUGAGAGAAGCUGGAAGAUCAGAGUUAUCUGCGUAGUUGUAUUCUAUUGACUGUGUUAAGUGAAAAUCAGUAUGAACAUAUUUUUUGCGUUCAAUUCCCAUCGUGCGUUACAUUAAUUUAUUUUCCAAGUAUCGACUGUAAUGAAAAUCGAGACUGAGAAAUCUCGUUAUGUAUAUUAUUAUUUUUUUUUUUAAUUAUCAUUCUUCUUCUUUCUUUUGCCCUUCGCUUUCGCGCGAUUCAUAUACCAUUUCUCAGAAUCACCACAAGUCAUUGCGUUCUCAGCACACUUUGGUUCCUAUUUAGAUUAACGCGUAGAGUCGAAAACACGCGCGUAUAGCGUAUCGCGCCUCUUUCACGUCGCCGCGCCCGUUACGUUAAUCAGCGAUUAAUUAAGACGAUCCAUUAGCGGCGCUUGUUUCACAGCAUUCGCGGCAAUCUCCGGCCUCUCGGUCGUUCCCGCCACGGUCGUUCUCUCGACUCCAAAGCAAUAAAAAGAAAAAAAAAUAAAGAAAAACCGAGAGGCCGUGAACAACGCCGCGAACGACUUAGCGCGUCAAGCUCGAGAAAACGCUCGAUCGUUUCCCCUCCUUAUUUCUGUGCUCCUUGCCUUUCCGUUAUAUUCACUAAUGCCCUAAGAAUUUCUCCGUAUGCGUAUAUUCGCCAACAUUCGACCGAGUUGUCUCCGCCGACGACCGCAGCGGAAGUGGCACGUUACGAGACGCGCCGAGCAAAGUGCACACACGCUCCUCUCAAUUAGACUGCGGAAAGUACAAUACAAAACGCGCUGAAUUUCUUCAAAACACACGAUCGCUCGGACCCCAGCACGACUCGAAUCGUAGAUUAAACGCAAAGAAAAUUAAGAUUCGCAUCCGCCAAGCGCCAAGUGCCAAACGAAAAUCGAAGGGAGGAUAUCACUUCGGACGGCCGAGCGCGUAAUUCGCAGUUUCUGAGCGCGACGGAACUUCCUUUCUCGUGUCUUUCCCGCGGCACGAGCGACAAUUCCGGUGUCUCAUCGGUCGUGUCGCGCGACGGCGCCUCUUCCGCUCGCGCGUCGGCGAAACCACCCGCGUCUUCUCGCCUUUCCAGAGGCAACAGGUCAAUACACACAAUCCACUUUGCGCGGCGGCACCCGCGAGCAAGCGAAUAGGCUCUCUCGUGACAUUACGUAUGUACGACACACAGCGACACGGGGGACACGUAUAUAACUGCGUAUAAUGCAUAAGUACAUACACACACGUACACACAUACGUAUAUACAUACAUAUAUUUUUCUUCAAAUAAUGGAAGACAAUAUUUCUCCGCUCUCUAUCGCGUUAAAAAAAAAAAAUAAAGAUAAGACUUUAGCGACGUAACACGUACGAGUGCGUGAAAUGCGAGUGUAAUUCGCGUACGUGGAGUUACGCGUGUUUAGUUAUUAAGGAUUGAUUACAGCAGUAUCAUUACGCAAGCCGCACGCGAUCGGCGUGAACGGCGUCACUUAAUGAGCUCCUAAGAGAGUAGAGAAUGUGAGAGUCGGCGAUUCUAUUUAAGUUAAGCUUAAGCGAAUAUAGCAUUCUUGAUGAUAGCGGACGUAGAUAUUUAAGCGGUUAAUAAUAAGGAAUAAAAAGGGACCCCCUCCGAUCCGCGUGGGAGGGGGGGGAUGACCCGGCGUGCGCGCGCGAGAGAGAAAGAGAGAGACAGAUACUUAAAAGAUACUAUUACGCGUCUUUAUAAAUAUACUCGAAGAUUUUCGCGCCUUCGAGUGUAUUUAUAAAGGUUUAAUUUAUACGUAGAAUGUUUUGGAGCACGCCCUGAGAUCUGCUCGCCACGACGGAGUAUUUUCGCGACGAUCCCCCGCCUAUAACUCGUCUUGCGUGCAAAGCUUUCGUGUAAAUAGGCAAAGUUCCUUUCAAUUGAUAUCAUUUUUUUACAUUUUUCCUUUUUUUUGUUAUUAAAUUAUUUCUUAAAAUGCUGCAUAAAAAUCAACAGUUGCAGGAAGCUAUCGAUUUGUAUUUUAGUCUGUAAGUAAAAGUUCGAGUUGUAUUUAAUGCGAUCCGUGCGAUAUUAACUUAAUUUAUGUUUUUUCACUUUCUUUUAAUUCUCGCUUUUUAUUUCGUAUUAGUAGCUUUUAAGUGUCGAGAGCGAUAUAUCGCUGAUUUGCUGAUUAUCGCCCGAAUGAUCUCACGUCGGAUCGUGUGAGAAAUAUGAAAAUAUGUGCGAUGAGAAGGAAAAGGACUCGUCGUCGGCGAGACGAGCGCGGGGCGUUUCUGUCGAGGCAUCGUGUGAGCGAUAUAUGAAAUUUCGAGCAAUAAGCGAUUGACUCAAACUUUAAACUAUACUAUUAUUACGAGUAUUAUUAAUGAUAAUAUACAAAACGUCGCGGCUGCGCCUGUUGCGCGCGUAAUCGAUAUAGAAGGAUAAUCCUAGAUAUCUAUACAAAACAAAUACUCGAAGCGAAAGGAUUUGGAUAAUAAAAAAAAAAAAAAACGGCGAAACGAAACGGUAGUGCGUCUUAGGGGGUGCGAGGAAGGAUCGAGCGGCGAGAAAUUGGGAGGAUCCGGGUCCUUCCGAACAAGUAAUAUUCUCUAGUGAUACUAUACAUAUAUAUAUACUUUAAUAUACAUAUAUAUAUAUGAACAAAAAAAAAUAUAAUUAUAUACAUACACCGUAAAGCGUUAAGGAUAACAAAACUCGCGAGUGAUAUUUAUGACGUAUUAAGGAAAAUAUUACAAAGUAAGAGAGCGAACAUAGGAGUGAGAAAACGUGCGAACGAGUGACACGAAAUAGACACGUAGGGAGAAACGAACAGAACGAAACGGAACGAACGACGACGAGGUGAGAAGGUAAAACGCGUGCACGCGCGCGAGUGUUGCGAGCGAGGAUCGGCUGAGAGGCGUACGUCUGGUUCCAGUUUUCAUUCUCAAUAACUACUGUAUACUCGCAUGCCAAUAAUGUGCGGUAUGAGUACUCUUGACGGACCUUUCUUUCGCGGACACCCCUCGUUUAAUAUCAAUACAUCCUGGUUCUCGUUUCUCCGCCUUCGAUCCAUCUACCUCUCACUUCAUCUUUCUCCCCCUUCCUUCUCUCGCUCUUUCUCUCUCUCUCUCUCUCUUCUCUCGCUUCUGGAAUCGGCCGCGAAAGUGGAAAACGAAGUUUCGAAUAUCCGAGUACCGUAGUACUUCUUCCAUUUCUACGAGCGGGCGAAGGAGAGAGGAGAAAGGAGAGGCGCGUUAUUCGAGGGUGUUCCGAAGGAAGUCUCGAACCAAGCUGUUACCGUCGAGCCGUCCCGACGAGCGUUCCCCGAUGUAUUUAUUUUCGAAGUUGCCUUCUGGAAACGCAGAAAUUCCGCGACGGACGCCUGCGAACGCUCGACGGUACCGUCUUGCGCGUUUCGCGAAACUUUCUCUCGGAGCGCGAGAGUCGGGGAUUGGGAGCGACGUGUAGUUUUCGGUGGGCUCGAUUUUCGACGAACGUCUUGCGCGUUUUCGCGAGUCAGAGGUCGAAAUUAUUUCCUCGCGUAUGUUCGCAACGUCGGAUUUGACAUCACGAUGUAAAAAAAAUCGGUGCGAAGCUACAAUUGGAUUACGGUGGAUGAUUUUACGACCAAUUGUUGCAAUAAAGGAGAUUGCAUAAGUAAAUAUAUCUAAGUAUAUAUUUAUAUAUAUAUAUAUAUAUAUAUAUAUAUAUAUAUAUAUAUAUAUAUAUAUAUAAUGAUAUAUAUAUAUAUCUGUGAAUUGACAUACAUACGGAAAUUUGCUCUUACAAGUUGGUCCUAAAGUUAUCCAUUACGAUUGUAAUUUGGCAUUAAUUUUUUUUGCUGCACCGAAAUUUUCGCCUCCACUCCCCGAUUGAGGAUAGAAUAUUUCGCCUAGUUUCUGUAACGUUCUAUACGGGUCGAAGUUUCAGUCGUCUCGGGGAGACAAAUUUACCGGGUCGGACAUCGCCGUGACUGCAAAUCUUCGCGCGUCCCCGGAAAUUUGGCAUCUGGCAUAUCCGGCAUCAAGGGCGCGCGGUAUUCCUCUCGGCUCGAGAAAGAAAAAAAGAACGAAAAAAUAUCUCAUGAAAUUUCAGCAAUAAAUUUUAGCCGUACGGACUUUAGGGUCGUUUAUCCGCGUCGUGACGCGUCGCUCGGCGUUUCUCCGAGCUAUCAUUUUGGAAUUGUCUUAUCGCGAUGUCGUGUAUCGCCCCGAAGAGAGAUGUGACGAUUUUACCGAGCGUUCUCCGUAACGGUUUUGCAAUCUUCAGCGGAACGUUAUGAGCUAUAAUACGGAACUCUUGAUCUCACUCGAUAUUGCCUUCGAUAAACUCGGUUACAAUCGAGAGUUGUAUCGCCCAAUAUACAAUGUCAAUUCGUUAUGCGAUAUAUGAAAUAUUUGUUGCAUCUUGAACAUGCAAUCUGCAUAUUAAAUUAUAAUUGCACAAUCGAUAUAUGAUUGAGGUAUAGUCUGAUCCAUUAUAGCCCAUAACGUGUAAUUAUGUAUGUUAUCGGACGCGUUGCAACGACGAAGAAGCCAAGGGCGUCAAGUUUUAGAGGCGAGAUCGAUAGUAGCUCGAGUGGUAUUAACCCUUUACAGGGCAGUCGAAGAUAAAUUUCCAAGAACCAACAAAUUCUACCAGUAAAAUAUAAAAUGCAAUUUUUUUUUUUUGGUACGAAACUCUUUCGUUUUUUACAGUGUUUUUGUGACUUGUUUUUCAUUAUCAAAUUAUUGAUUAUUAAAUACAACAGUGUGAAUUAUAAGCCAUGCAGCUAAAUCGGUGCCCUGUAAAGAGUUAAGCGAUUAUGCCCGCUGACAAUCGUCUCGUAAGGUGGAAUCAUCAUACCGCCAUGUAAUUAUUACCGUGAAAUCGUCACCGUCGACGACGAAAAAGCUUCCACGAUUUUCGCACGACGAGAUCGACAUCGGUAUCGGAUGAUCGAGCCUCGCCCUGCCUGAUAUUUACCUCCGAUCUAAUAUCUGCUCUGUGGCAAAGAUAACAUCGUCAUCAUACGAGAAAUGUGUCACCACGGCGAAAACCACCUCUCUCUUCCGAUCAGCAGGUCCCCCCACCCCUCCCCACUCCUCUCGAUCUCUCCCGGUUUUCGUCCCAGUUCCGCAAACCCUUUAGUAUGUAUUACAUAUUUAUAUAUAUAUAUUUGUAUCUCAUUCUCUGAUAAUCAUGUAUUUCAUAUUGCGAAUGGUUGACAGUAAUUAUUAGCGUAGCUGGUAUUUUUUGAUGAGCGCUAACCACCACUAGUUGUGUAUGAAACGUAGGUGAAGCAUGCUGGUUGAAAUAUCUUUCCACUUAAUCGUCAUCCGCCUCUCUCUUUAGUCCUCCGAGCCUCUUCCUUCCCGUCUUCCGCUUUCUUUUUUAUUACGACUCGCUUGCAGUUCUGCUUACCCAUCGAUACAAAUGUCGCUGCUUGAACAUCUCAGUAGGAAUACAUACAUAAAAGAAGGAAAUAACUAAAAAAAAAAAAA